AUGGGUCUCACAGACCCUGUAACGCCAGCUGGUGUUAUUCUCGCCCAUUACCUGAAGCUACCUCUUGUUUAUAAUGUGAGAUGGACCAGUCACGGUGAGGGACAUUUUGCAAUCGCACCAUCCCCUCUGUCAUACGUGACCUUGACGGAGGAACUUUCUCAUAACAUGAGAUUUUUUGAAAGAGUUCUUAACGUUUUGGUGCAUGUCUUUAAGGAAUAUCAAAUUGCAGUUCACAUAAAACCGCAUUAUGAAGACUUGAUUAAAACGUAUUUAGGCCCUGAAGAAGACUAUUGUGCAUUGUUCAAUGCAGCAGACCUGUGGCUCAUGAGAUUGGAAUUUGUCUUUGAGUUUCCUCGCCCUACCAUCCCCGUCAUCUACAUGGGGGGCUUCCAGUGUAAACCUGCCAAGCCUCUACCGGACCACCUGGAGGAGUUUGUUCAGCGUUCUGAAGCGCAUGGAGUCAUCAUCAUGUCUCUGGGGACUCUAAUCGGAACACUUCCUAGCGACUUAGCCAACGAGAUCGCAGCUGCUUUUGCCAAGCUUCCCCAGAAAGUCAUUUGGCGGUAUAAAGGUGCUAAACCAUCCACUCUGGGUAACCACACUCUCCUGGUGGACUGGAUGCCGCAGAACGACUUGCUCGGACAUCCCAAGAUUAAACUAUUCAUGGCUCACGGUGGGACAAAUGGUGUCCAGGAAGCGAUUUACCACGGAGUUCCAAUCCUUGGGCUACCGCUUAUUUUCUAUCAACGAGAUAAUCUGUUAAGAAUGGAAGUGAGAGGAGGAAGGAAAAACAUGCAUAUCUUCACCAUGCAUCAAAAUAUAUUCUUCCAGGGCAUAGAGGAAGUCCUGACGGAUCCCUCUUAUAAGAACAACAUGCUGAGGCUGUCCAGGCUGCACAGAGAUCAGCACAUCCAACCGCUCGACAACUGCCUCUUCUGGAUCGAGUUUGUCAUGAGGCACAAAGGUGCAGCCCACCUGAGGACCGAGUCCUACAAGCUGCCUUGGUAUGCUUACUACUCCGUAGACUUGUAUCUGUUUCUGGCUGGAACCGUGCUGGCUUCACUUUUCAUACUUUUUAUCACAAUCAGCACUCAGUAA